AUGAUUCAAGUCGAGACGACUCAUGCAUGGAAUCCUAGCCUCAGUGAACAGUACCGAACUCAGCUUAAUGACAGUUUGAAGAAGCUGGAACAACACACUAUGAAUACUAUUCCAAUGUUUGGCAAAGUUCUCCGCAAAGUUGUGAACGUACCAUCAUCAAAUGGUGACAAGUUCGGUGAACUAUUCUUCAUAGAACAAGUGCGUCAAUCAUGUAUGUCGCUGAAAGAAUUUGUCCGCAAAGCUGUCUCCUUGAGUAAAGACAUUCCACGCGCUGUUGUCGCCUGCGGAUGUGAGGUGCCAGUAGAGAUUUACAAACUCUAG